AUGUCGUCGCAGGACUACCGUGUGUCGACAAUCGCCAUCCUCUGCCGAGACUGUAGCAACGACGUCGGACUCUACCCGGGGAAACACAAGUGCCCUCCUCGUCCCGCCAUGCCCGCCAUGCCCGCCAUCCCUGCACAAUACCAAGACCAACAGCAAUCAUCCUACUCAUCCCGGGGGAUGAAUGGUGGAGGUGCGAGUGAGGGUAGGAGACCUCCAGACUUGAACCCUGGGUCAUUGCAUUCCGGAGGUGGUGGGUAUGGAAGCUCGCCAUCAUCUUCGAGCAGGACGCCGACUUCAUCUAGUUUCCAGGAGCGGAUGGGUGGAAGUGGAGGGAGUGGGUCGAAUGCAAGGACGCCGACGGCAAUGUCGUUCCAAGAGCGACUGAAGGAGCGGGACCGAGAGAAGCAGCAGCGAGACCGAGAGGAGCGUGAGGCUGCUGCUCGCAGUGUGCGUGAAGACCUGAGGGGAGAUUCGGGCAGCAACGUGGCAACACCUACUUCAGCAUCAACAACAACCACAACUGGAUCCCUCUGGAACAGGCUAAAGGCCGCCAAGGAAGUCGUCACCGCCACAAUUACAGGAGAGGAGAAAUGGCCUGAAUCGGACGACUCGGAUCAUGAAGGCGAGACACAUGUGAGCAGGAUCCUGCGCGAGUAUGACGACAAACGGGAGGAGGCCGAGAUGGCCAAGAAGAUUGCAGAACUCGAGAUGACACCCUACAACGACUCCAAGUCAUCAUCUCUUUCAAAGGCGACUGGAGCUGGAGCCAAUUCUACCAGCAGUAGUAACAGUGGAUCUGGAAGUAAGAGCCAGUACCUGCGUGAUCGUGAUGCUACCCGUCGUGACCCUUCAUCGGGUGGUGGAGGUGCGGAUCGAGAGGAUUAUUAUGGACGGUCGCUUCGUGCACGAGGACUCGGUGCAGAUGGGGCAACGUCGCCGUCCAUCUCGUCGACGAAUAGCGGUGUUAGCAAUAACAGCUAUGGAUCUUCGUCAAGUGGUGGAAAUCCACCAGCGAGCGCGAAUCGGUACAGGACCACCAGUGAUUUGAGCCGAGACGAUGCAUUGAGUCGGUUGGAGGGCAAGAGCGAAGGCGACAAACUGGCGGCGCAAGUCAGCCAUCUCGGAAGUACAACCCCUCGAGGUGGACGCGCCCACUCGCCUAACCCGAGCUCAAGAAACCGGGAUCAUCAGGAUAACAGUAACGGAUAUCACCAACAGGGGUAUGGCGGACAGCUCUCACCGUCUUCUGCAGGUAAUGGAAACCAGUACUCGUCCUCGGCACCCUCUCAACGAUCCAUCUCGCCAGCCUCGAACCGGAGGUACGAUUCGCCUUCUCCAAGUGGCCCACCACCACAGCAGGGUAGAUAUGUAGCUGCUUCCCCACAGCCCUCUUCGCCUUCUUACCCUAAUAACAACAACAGCUAUGGAUCUCCUUCAAGCCGUGGCGGCGGCGGCGAUCCAUACAGCAGCCGUGGUCAGCCACCACCACAGCAGUCUCGCCCGGGCCCUGGACAAGGAGUUCGUCCGGACUAUGAUCGUCGACCAACUUACCCACCAAAUGGUAGUGGUGGUCCUCCUCCACAACAAGGAGGCACCCUUGGUGCGUACGGACAGCGACAGCAGUACCAGCAGUACCAGCAGCAGCAGAACCAUCAACAGCAGCGCCAGCAGCAGUACUCUUCCAACAACUACUUUUAG